UAUCUGACCGUUGACCUGUCCUCUCAGUCCUAUGAGGACCUGGUGCAGCGUCUGGAGCCAGUCAUCAUGGAGCUGGAGAGGCAGGAGAACAUCCUGGUCGUCUGUCACCAGGCUAUCAUGCGCUGCCUGCUGGCGUACUUCCUGGAUAAGACCGCAGGUCAGUCUGGUUGUCUCUCCUAGAUAAGACCGAUGGAAGGUGUUGUUUGGUCCCUUUUUGUAGAUCUCUUUUGUAAUAGAUUUCUUGGUAAUGUUUGUGUGUUGUUUCUCAGAGGAGCUGCCCUACCUGAAGUGCCCACUGCACACCGUGCUGAAGCUCACACCAGUGGCUUAUGGUAAGACUGGCCUUCCACUGCUACCCAGUCCUGUCUGUACCUGCUUCAAUGUGAAUUGUGAAAUAACAUAAAUAUUUCACAUUGGAUUUUGUUGUUUUAUAAUACACAAAUGCACCUUUCUGUGCUCUGUGUUUUCAGGCUGUAAGGUGGAGUCCAUCUACCUAAAUGUGGACGCAGUGAACACUCACAGAGAUAGACCAGAGGUUGGUAUAUCUACAUACUCGCACACACAGACACUGAUUUGGUGGCAGAGUUGGUAAAGAUAAGCGGGAAUCUGUGCUACGCUUGACAGAUUACUCUAAACUCUGUAACCUGUGCAGCUGUAG